AUGAUACAGGUGGCUCAACUGCCAUGGGGCCUGACGGCUUCCAUGCUAGGAGCAAUCGUCCUGGGAGGCCAAACAGUAUGCGCCGGGCCGUCUGUUGACAUUUCUAUGAAGGCGGCCUUUCCCUCUGGCCCGUACCUCAUAGAGCUGCUCGAGACCGCAGCGCAGGAGAACGCUUCUAGCUAUUUCCCCCUUCUCGAUCGCAUAGCCGAUGGCUAUUUCGCCAAAGCAACGACCGACAGGGAAUUAUACCAGGAAUUUUUGGAUCUAGUCAAAAAUGAUGGCCAUAUAACAAGCCCUGAGAGCCUCUCGACCUUCAAGCUGGCCCUGUCGACCAGGUCUGCAGCUCCCAGACUCGAAGCCCACUACCAAUACUACCAGACCGGCGUUGAACCUUCGUUGACAGGAGACCAAGCUGGUUGCGAUAUUUGGGUGUUGUGGCAGGGACAACAAUACUGCUCGCCAUCUCUGGACGAACCCAGGGGCCAGGUGCCGGCGGGACAAGACCGUGAUCUACCAUUUGACAUCGCAUUGGGCAGUGGUCCGGGCUGCAUCUUGUAUGCAGAUAUCACUGCUCCAGAGUUUGGACAGUUUCACAAGCUUCUGGACCAGAAAGCUCGGAGCCGGGAGUGCGCCUACAAGCUCCGACAUCGCAGGUCCUCGCACGAGCCUCUGGAGGCGCUGCUCGUCAGCGGCUAUGGCGUCGAGCUCGCUCUAAAACGGACAGACUACAUUGUAAUCGAUGAUCGAAAGGCAGAGGAAGAUGCCGCUCAGAAGGCUAUCGCCUCAGAGAUUGUACUGGGAGAGGAGGAGGAGGUGGCAGACCUCAAGCCUCUGUCCACAUCAGAGCUGAGGGACCUUGGUUUGAAGACGGGCUCUUUCAUUAUGCACAGUGACAGCCCUUUCGACACUCUGCUCAAGUUGACACAAGACUUCCCAAAAUACUCGACCUCCUUGGCGACGCACAACAUCUCUAUGGACUUUUUGACGGAGCACAAAGCCAACCGCGCCUCCUUGGUACCAGGUGGCGUCAACGCCCUCUGGAUGAACGGCGUUCAGCUCGUGGAACGGCAGAUGGACGCGUUUGCCCUUGUGGACUUGGUGAGGCGUGAGCGCAAGAUGAUUCAUGGCGUUAUGGAUCUCGGCCUCACCGGGGAGGAGGCUAUUUCUCUUCUUGCUCACAACUCUGUGAACGAAGCGAAAGUCGACGAUGCAGAAGUUCAGCGAUUUCUGUGGCAUGAUGGGCCGGAAGAGGGCAAGGUUAUUGUCUGGCUCAACAACAUUGAGAAGGACAAACGAUACGAAGAGUUCCCAAAGACUCUCAUGACUCUCUUGCAAGGUGGAAUGCCCGGUCAACUGCCCUCGAUCCGACGCGAUAUUUUCAACCUGGUCAUCCCGGUUGACCUUACCCAGAAGAAUGACACCACGACAGUGGUCAACCAAUUGCAAGACUUUGUCAAGCGCAAGCUACCUGUGAGAUUUGGCAUCGUUCCUCUGUCUUCAAACGAAGCAUCCGAACGUCAAGCCAAGGUCGUCUACCACCUUGUUGAGACGUACGGUCUUGCGGCUAUGAUGUCGUAUCUAGUGUCAGCUCUCGACAAUGAGAGACUGGGAGACGCAGACAAAGCGCUGUUCGAUGCUGCUAUUCUCGAUAGAAAGCUGCGCGAAGAUGCAGAGGCGCUCCCGUUCGAGGCUAUAUUUGACUCUGAGCAUCAUACCGAGCAAAUUCGACUUUCCAGGCAGUGGGCAGAACGGCUUCGGGUAGACAGCCCGGAACCAGUGCUCUUCGUUAACGGUGUUCCUGUACCACGACAAGGCAACUGGAUGCCGGCAAUGGGUCAGCAGGUGGGCAUGGAUCUACAGCUUUUCCGACAAGCGGUGUUCUACGGCGAGGUUGAAGAGGGCCAGUGGCUGCCGGAGUUCUUCCUGAAAGAAGCCUUUUCGCGUCGCAACACUGUGAUCUUUCCUAGCAACCCCAAGGAGCUCACGGUGCUGGAUGUCAACAAGAUUUUCCUGGAGCAUGGCGCUCUAUUCGAGAAGGUUCCCGUCAUCGAAGCGUAUCCCGACUCAACAAAGGAAAAUUGGGCAGUCCUGACAGUGAUAGCCGAUCUGACCACCACGGACGGACUGAAGCUGGCCGGGAAUGCCCUCCAAUUCCGCAUCAACAACCCUGGCAUUCGGGCGGACAUCGUCCAUAAUCCUACAGAUCCAAGCGGCGCUCACAAGAUCAACACUGCCCUGAAAAUGAGCCAGUCUGAACUUCGCGAUGUGGACAGCGAGGAUCUUCUGCGGACUGUUCUAAGCGCGUGGCCCGAGGUACCGGAUGAUCUGGACUAUGAUACUGCUCUGCAGCGGUUCCUGGCUACGGCUGGGAUCGGAUCUGGCCAGAACAUGCUCAUGCUCAACGGUCGUCUCAUUGGACCUAUUGAUGUAGCAGAGGAUUUCGGUCCACAGGACUUCGAACUGUUCUUCGAGCUCGAGCAGGAUAGUCGAAUUCUCCCUGUCUACGAGGCUAUCGAGGAACUUGGCCUAACAAGUAAGGUCUCCGGCCCCCUCGCAGCUGCCAAAGUCACCUCGAUUACUGCUUUGUCGACGAUGCCCGAUCUUCCCGAGGGCAUCUUUGAAAAAGGCUCGUCCCUGCGAAUCUCAGCUUUCAACGUGUGGAACUCCACUCACACUGCUUUUGAGAUCGGUGAUAAGUCAACGGCAACCAUCCAGUUCGUUGCUGUUAUCAAUCCGGCCAGCGAGCAAGGACAGAGAUGGGUUCCUAUCCUGAAAGUUCUCUCCGAGCUCGACGGUGUCUAUAUGCAAAUCUUCCUGAACCCUAAAGAUAAGCUAGAUGAGCUGCCUGUCAAGAGGUUUUAUCGAUAUGUCUUGGACUCAGCACCGACUUUUGACGACGCCGGCAAAGUCAAAUCGCUCAACGCUGAGUUCAAGGGCGUGCCCUCAGAGGCCUUGCUCAACGUGGGCAUGGAUGUGCCCCCUGCAUGGUUGGUGGCGUCCAAGGUCUCCGUCCAUGACCUGGACAACCUCAAGCUGAGCUCCAUCAAGAGCAAUGUUGAGGCCACCUACGAGCUCGAGAAUAUCCUAAUCGAGGGCCAUUCCAGGGAGCCAACCGGAGCCCCGCCUCGUGGCGCACAGCUUGUGCUGGCCACGGAGAAGGACCCGCACUUCGCAGAUACCAUCGUCAUGUUCAACAUAGGCUAUUUCCAGUUCAAGGCCAACCCGGGAUUCUAUAACAUCCAGCUGAAGCAGGGCCGCAGCUCAGACAUAUACCACAUCGAGAGCGUGGGCGCCAAGGGCUACAACGCUGUUCUUGGUGACGAAGGAACUGACGUCGUCUUGAUGGACUUUAAGGGCACAACGCUGUACCCACGCAUCAAUCGCAAACCCGGAAUGGAGCAAGAGGAUGUUCUCGACGAAAGCGGCUCCGAAGGAGCCCUGGAAAGUGUGUCCAAGAGCCUGAAGGGCUUUUUCGGCGUCAAGACCAAAUCAGUCUCUGAUGAAGAGCACGCGGAGAUCAAUAUCUUCUCUGUCGCCAGUGGUCAUCUCUACGAGCGCAUGCUCAACAUUAUGAUGGUCAGUGUGAUGAAGAACACCAAACACACUGUCAAAUUUUGGUUCAUUGAGCAAUUCCUGUCGCCCUCGUUCAAGGAUUUCAUCCCCUACAUGGCCGAGGAGUACGGGUUCAAAUAUGAGAUGGUGACGUACAAAUGGCCACACUGGCUCCGCCAGCAAAAGGAGAAGCAGCGUGAGAUAUGGGGCUACAAGAUACUGUUCCUAGACGUGCUCUUCCCGCUGUCCCUCGACAAAGUCAUCUUCGUCGACGCAGACCAGAUCGUCCGCACGGAUAUGUAUGAUCUCGUGCAGCAUGAUCUUGAGGGCAAGCCUUACGGCUUCACACCCAUGUGCGAUUCACGUACGGAGAUGGAAGGCUUCCGCUUCUGGAAGCAAGGCUAUUGGGCCAAUUACCUCCGGGGGCAGCCGUACCACAUCUCUGCCCUCUAUGUGGUCGAUCUCCGCCGCUUCCGCGAGAUUGCGGCCGGUGACCGCCUGCGCCAGAGCUACCACACCUUGUCCGCAGACCCAAACUCGUUGUCCAACCUCGACCAGGACCUGCCCAACCACAUGCAGUUCCAGCUGCCCAUUCACAGUCUACCACAAGAGUGGCUCUGGUGUGAAACGUGGUGUAGCGACGAGGCGUUCAAGGAGGCACGCACGAUUGACCUUUGCAAUAACCCGCAAACAAAGGAACCCAAGCUCGACCGCGCGAGACGCCAGGUUCCCGAGUGGACUGCAUAUGAUGACGAGAUUGCCGCGCUUGAUCGGAGGAGAAAGGCCAAGACUGCUGAGACGAAGGAGGAGGGCGUAUCCGAGAGGAACACAAAGAGCCGGGCUUUUGAGGGCGAGGAUCCCAAAACUGCGGCUCCUACCGAUGUUGAGACCACAGAGAGGCGUAAAGAUGAGUUGUAA